AUGGGUGCCCAUGCCAAAGGUGCCACUGCCAUGGGUGCCACUGCCAUGGGUGCCACUGCCAAGGGUGCCACUGCCAUAGGCACCAAUGUCAAGGGUGCCACUGCCCCUAGCAAUGCUCCACCCGCAGCAACGGCUAGCAAUGCUCCACCCACACCAACGGCUAGCAAUGCUCCACCCGCAGCAACGGCUAGCAAUGCUCCACCCGCAGCAACGGCUAGCAAUGCUCCACCCGCAGCAACGGUUAGCAAUGCUCCACCCGCACCAACGGCUAGCAAUGCUCCACCCACACCAACGGCUAGCAAUGCUCCACCCGCAGCAACGGCUAGCAAUGCUCCACCCACACCAACGGCUAGCAAUGCUCCACCCACACCAACGGCUAACAAUGCUCUACCCGCACCAACGGGUAGCAAUGCUCCACCCACACCAACGGCUAGCAAUGCUCCACCCACACCAACGGCUAGCAAUGCUCCACCCGCAGCAACGGCUAGCAAUGCUCCACCCGCAGCAACGGCUAGCAAUGCUCUACCUGCACCAACGGCUAGCAAUGCUCCACCCGCAGCAACGGGUGAUAGUGAUAGUUAG